AUGCCAGCUAUCUUCAUCACAGCAGCGCCUAUCGGUGCAGUGCCGCGCUACAUCAACCCCAAUGAACCGAAAUACUUACCCUCCGUCUUCACACAAGCCAUACCUUCCCUUGAAACGGGGAUCAAGAGUAACAAAGCCUGGGAAGAGUCAAGUCGCGGUGGUCUUCUGGUCAGCGAAUCGAUGAGAAUCUCCUUGUCUUCCAAAUUCAUCAAAGACCUUGCACCGAGCACAUACGAGACUAGCCAGUUUCUCCAAAAGACGGGUCUGAUCGAACAAGAAGGGGACCUUCAGUACCACACCCUAAUCAGCCCCCCGAGCCGCACGCUACCUGCCGACCUGUUUGCCGAAAUAAGAUCACGAAAAAUUGUGAGCAGACUGGUAUUACACCUCACCAGCCAUGGUUGGACCGGCGAUGGCCACGGAGGUCUGAUCUGGGCACAUGCGAGUUAUGUGGAGUCUUAUCUUCCACCUAAGCUUGUGGAUUCGCUACGCGCAGAAGCAGCGGGCUUUGUGGAUGGCCUUCUCGUCAAGGGCUGGCGUCUUGCGGGCCCAGGUUAUUCGAUGCAUAGCAGAGGUGUAUCGCCAUAUCUUCCCAUUACUCCUGAAGCUAUUGUCAAGGAGAGCGCUGCUGCAGCUGCAGAAGGAGCCGCAAUUCUCCAUUUACACACACGCGAGAGGUCGGAUGAAAGCAAAUGGGAUCUGCCUUGGUCCAAUGUACCAAUCGUGAUGGGGUCUCAAGCCAACAAGAUUGUCCCCGAAGACUAUGAGGAGAUUGCACCUGCUUUGCGGGGCUUAACACCAAUGUCAAUCCUCAACUUCUCAACUAGCAUGCGUGGUGGAAAGGACUCCGACGACCCUAUACGACGUGCACACUUGAAAGCUUUCAAACCCGGAUGGCAGGCUGCCGAAAUGUGUAGCAUGUCCCCAGCUGAAGUGCUUUUUCAGAAUGGUGGAGGCUAUGAGAACACACCAGCAUUUCUUGAAGAGCAACUUGCCUGCUGCCUUAAGAAUGAUGUUCGUCCAGAAAUCGAAGUUUUCAGCUGGGAAAUUCUCCGUGAGACUCUGGGCCCUUUCAGAUCUCGUCUCUUGAAAGUAAACAAAACUCCGCUACUGAUGCUGGUGGCUGGUGUGGACCAGCACCGCCGGCUUGACGACGGCACCUUGGUCGACGACUCACUCAUUCCUAUGAAGCGUGCGAAGGAGAUUGUGUCGCUGAUACAAUCUGGGAAGGCUUCUGACAUGGACUUUGCACUAGAACUGGCUGUAGCGGCACUUGCACCUGUUGUUGGAAGCAUCAGACGCGAAAUGCCUCAAGCCAAGAUCUCGAUGCUGCUACCAGGAGCUCUACAGCCUCUUUUGGCUCGAGCAUCAGUUAAGCUAGGACUAGAUGGAGUCCGUGUAGGUCUCGAGGAUGGUCUGGUGAUCAACGAUCCUCUGGUUCCAGGAGGUAUUCGCAAAGGACGGACGUCUGAGCAGAUCCGUUCAAUGCGGGAAGACUUGCAAGUUCUUGGUUGCAAGGUGCUUUCAGCAGAAGAGACUCGAGUCCUCUUUGGCAUGCCAACUCAGACUAAAACUUUGUUCCAAGCAGCCAUAAACGCGACGACAAGUAUUACACCUUGCCAAAUCAGUGAGGCUAGCAACCCGACGACAUCAUUCACUGACGCUUUACGCCACUUAUGCCCAAUUUUUGAUCGCCGUGAGCAAUGGCUGAUGGAACAGCUGCUCACCCUACAACAAGAGACAGACAAUGGGCUCACAAGCUCACACAGUGCCGUUUCUAUCGCGCACAAAGUAAGAGACCUCAUUCAGGUCGCGGGACUCCAUGUCAGAUAUUUCCUGGAGGAACGAGAUCGCUAUCCUGCUGAAGGAGCCAAAGCUUUCCGAAAUAUUCACGACAUCCAGUCUCUGAACUACGCCUACGAGUUGCUCUUAGAAACUGAGCGAGACGCAACCUCCUACGAGUGUGCGCUUCGAGGUCUUGCUACAUCCUGCAACAUCGAUGCUGCCGGCUUCCUGGUACCCAAACACCAGAGGAAAAGCCAUGAUUUACGCUUUCUUGAAUAUCUGUCGUCACUUACUUGUGGUCUCACUCCAGAUCGCUCAACUGUUACAAACGUUGAUCUGCGCCAAACUCAUGGCUACAGCGCCUUCAUGGCUAGCCUGUAUAAAGCAGUCGAAUAUGAGUACCGACGCCUUCGCUCGACAAGCGAGGCUCAGGCAAAAUCAGAUGGUGUUCUAGCAUUCAACGUUGGCCCACGCGAGGGUAACAGCUUCAUCAGUUCGCAGGAAUUGCAGCAACAGAUAAGCCAAAGUCAUUGGAUCAUCCUACCCAGCACGCCUACCACGAAUUCAGCAGAUGGGAUCAAGCUGACACGGGCAAUAAAUGCUGCCUUCCACUCACAUCUGCAAAAGAUGCUGUUCCCAGGGACAUCCGAUUCUCCUUCGCUGCGACUUGUCGGCCUCGUACACUCAGGUCGUGACGAAGAUGGUUCCGAGCUGCUCGAGUCGAGUAUGCUGUACAAUCGUUUUCACUUCGCAACAGGAGCUAGCAUGCUGAGAAACGACUUCCAAUUGGGGACAGGAUGUCACACGUCCAUUGUAGGAUACUCGGCUCAAAUCCUCUACGAAAAUGUUUUAUUGCCUCGCUUGGUGGAACAUCCUGAGCGGUUGCAACGAUCAUCUUCCGGCAAUGGCAAGGUCGUGCGUGAAGCUGGACAUCCAUUGUACGAGGACGGCACACCUGCGAAACGAAACGAUGCUCUAGCUCUCAGGGACAUCGCUCCUCUGCGCUUCCUAUCCCAUAGCUCUGGCAUCGCAACCAUGCAGCAGAUGGACAACGCCAUGCGUCAUGACUUAGAGCUGCUUGGCUAUUCGUACCAAGAACAAAUGGAGCUCUUCACUCGCAACGUCGUUGUGUCUUUCGCUUCAGCUACAGAUAUAAAUACCGACGUCCUUGGAACUCCAACUGUCGACAUCACCGCCUACAAUGAUAUCCGUGCGAUGGCGGGUACAACUACCAAAGAUUACUUGCUGUCAGAAAGCUACCGCCGUCAGCAAGCACUUGCUGCACAAGACAAGCAUUACAAGUACGACCGCAGCGAAUGGAAGAUUAUCCGCGGUGCUAGCAGGAAGGUUGUCUUGAGACGCACUGGUGUUUUCCUGAGAGAAGACAUGAAAGUCGACGCUCAUUCCAUCCGCCGUUACCUGGAAGCUGCUCCUGAGCCCGUGGCUGCGUUGUUGAGAGAGCUUCAUUCGAUUUCUGGUGCUGCGCGUUUCGAUACUGUCUUGGGUUAA